UGGCGCAUACUUCUAAAUUAGAUAUUUAAGUUUUUUACAAUUAUUCGCAUAUAUUAUUUUAUUAAUAGUUUUUUUAAGUAAUAAUUAUAAUAUAUUAGAAAGCUGUACGUAUAUUUAUAAUGUCGCACCAAACAGGUAUUCAAGCAAAUGCUGAGUUAAAGAAGUACAUCAGCAAAUGCCGGGAUAGUAAACUUCGUGUUUUAAAAGUCACUAUUGAAAAUGAACAGAUGACAAUGGCUAAGCAUUUUUUCACAAAAGGAACAUGGGAGCAUGAUUUUGAUAAAUAUGUACCAUCAUUGAUUGAGGAAGAUCAACCUUGUUAUAUAUUAUAUAGGUUUGAUUCAAAAAAUUCCCUUGGUCACGAAUGGUUGCUGUUGAGUUGGUCCCCAGAUAGUGCACCCGUUAGGCAGAAAAUGUUAUAUGCUUCAACGAAAGCCACAUUGAAACAAGAAUUUGGCUCCGCCCAUAUUAAAGACGAGAUGCAUGCAACUGUUAAGGAAGAAGUCUCUCUGAAAGGCUACAAGGCGCAUUUGAGCGGAGUGAGUGCCCCCGCCCCGCUCACGGAUAGAGAGGAAGCCUUGAAAGAGUUGCAAGAAAGCGAACAUAACACCAACUAUGGGGUUGAUGCCAGGCAAUCAACAAUGGGUGGUGUAGCCUUUCCGAUAACAGAAGCCGCUAAGCAAGGAAUAGUUGAUCUCCAAAGAGGUUCCUAUAAUUAUUUACAAUUUAGAAUAGAUUUAGAAGAAGAAAAGAUUAACUUAUCGAAAGCGUCAAAGAUAUUAUUAGAAGAAUUACCUCUCCAAGUUCCCAAUGAUCAAGCCAGAUAUCACCUUUACAUAUUCACACACACGCACGAGGGAGAUCACAUGGACAGUACAGUAUUCAUCUACUCAAUGCCCGGCUACAACUGUAGUAUAAAAGAGCGAAUGAUGUAUUCAAGUUGCAAAGGGCAGUUCUUAGAAAUCAUAGAGAAAAUGGGCGUCGAAAUAACAAAAAGAUUGGAAAUCGACGAUGGCAAAGAACUGACCGAAGAAUAUCUAUAUGAUGAAAUACAUCCGAAGAGAAACUUACACCGUCCAGCUUUUGCCAAACCUAAAGGCCCUCCGAAUAGGGGUGCCAAACGUAUCACAAAAUCACAGACCUCUCAGUAGUAAGAUAUUUAAAUGUUUUUACUAUUAUAUUAUUUUAUACUCUUAAAUCAUGCCAAGUAGUUUUUAAGUAUAUUACCUGAACGAAUUUACCUAUUUUUUUGUGCCGAAAAUUGUUUAUAAAAUUUCAAUGCUUUUGCUGGGUUUUUUUAUAUGAUAAAAAUAAUUUUUAUACAGUACAUUACUGUAUAUUUUAAUGAAAUUACAUUAUCAUUUUUUAAUCUAUUGCUUCUUUGUUUUAAAUGCACCAGCAACAAAGGCUGUGUGAUUGAUUUUCUUCAAUUUUUUUUAGCUUUUUUAAUGUAUUUAUUCUCCUAAAUUAUUUGAUCCAUAUUUCAUACGUAUUUCGUGCAAUAAUAUUCAAUGUUUGGAAUAUUUUAUUUAUAAGUUGAAAAUCAAGUGGAAGUCAGCUUUUAUGGAACGUAUUAUCUAAUAAUUAUAUAUCGUGUGGUAUUUAGUUUAAGAGAUAUUUUGGUUAAUACGCGACAUAUAUCUUUGUAAUUAAAGGUCCGUUUUAUUUGGUAUUAGUAUAAGUAUCAACAGUACGAUAUCUUUAUUUAAACUUCAAUUAUGUUUACGAUAUUCAAAGAGCUGAAGAAGUUUUUUUUUUGACGUUUUUUUUUUUAAGUUUUAAACUUUAAAUAGCUCUUAUAAAGUUGCAAAAACAGCCUUUCCGAUAUAUACCUAUAUACCACUCGAUAUAUACCUAGUUGUCAUUUAAAUAAGGUUUAUUUAUAUCAUGUAUUGUUUUCUAUAUAGGUUAUUAAAUUAUAGAAUGAAACGAAAUGUAUUAUGGAGUCAUUAUAUUAUAUCAAGUGAUUUUAAGAAGUCAGUAUUUAUUUAGUUUCUUGCCUUUUAUAGGCGUAAGCUGUAUGUUUGUACAACGUAUAUUGUUUUUACGAAGUACGCCUGAGAAUCAAUUGAAGCUAAAUUGAUCUGAUGAUUGUUAAAAAUCCGAAAUUUUUAUUUCAAUGUUACGAUUCUACGUCGCGAUCAAAUCUCGUUAAAAAGCAGUGCUUUGAGACUGCCUUUUUUAAUUGAAACCUUAUAUUAUUAUAAUAUACAUUAAGUGCGGAAGUUUCGUUGCAAACAUAAAUGGCUCUGACGGAUAAUUAACGUUUAUACAAAUAGUAUCUAUAGUAAAGGUUUUAUAUGUAUGAAAUUAAUGUAGAAAAUGCAUAAUAUUUUUCGUAAUUGAUAAAUUGUAUUUUUGUUAGUGUCGCAAUAUGCAUGUCUUUUCACUUUAAAAAAUCAGAGCAGUACACUGCACGUGCUCAGAAAAUACCGAUUUAUUAUUGUGGGCGAAUGAAUCGGAUAAAUUGAACCAAACUUACUGAGUAUUAAACUAAAAAAUAAAUGUAGCCGACAUACGAAUGUACGUACAAAAUUCAUGACAAUAAUAAAGUAUUAAAGCUGCGUAUUGUUAAAUCGAGUAAUUUAUAACUAAAAUUAUUACUGGUUGGAAAUAAAACACGUGAAAAUUUGUCGCUAUAUACAGAUUUUUUGUUCUCUCGUAAAUUUAGUUUGGAUAUGCUUACGAAUGGUUACACGCUUUUUUUGCAAUGUAAUAUUAUCAUUCGCAUAUAUAUUUACACCCUUUUUUUACAGUGCCAAUGAAAUUAUGCUUUUUUAUACUGCCUAAAACUUCGGUUGUGUACUGUACCAUUUGAAAUUUGUUUGAAAAUAUAUAAUAAAAUCGUGAUUUUGCUUGUUUACAACUAAAUAUUCUAAUUAUUUUAAUAUUAAAAUUAAUAAAUGAAUAUUAAUGCAAAAAAAAUCUCCACGUUUUAUGCACAAAAUUGUAUUGUAUAUAAUGUAGGUACUUGAUAUUUUUGUAUACCCUGAUUAUGAGAUCGUAUUGUGCGGAAACAUUUUUUGUAUCUGUUCAUCAAUAUAGUAGUAUUUUCAUUCAUAA